UGUGUGUGUGUGUGUGUGUGUGUGUGUUUGUCAUUAUUACAUUGUGUGGCCAUGCAUCAGACAGCCCAGUCACGCCGUGGGGUCCAAUUUUUUUGUGGGGUCCAAAACCCUGGACCCCACAAAUUUUACCUCAUAUUCAUUAUAAUUAAGGUCAGAACUAUGCCCUGUGAAGUUUUCAGGGUUGUCCCCAAAAAUCACUUUUACCGACUUAGUGUGUAUAAGUGUGCUAACAGGAGGUAACUCAGUAUCAGCCACUACUGGCCAAGGCAGGUACUGCAUCCCACACACACAUUCCAUUCUCCACACACACUUUGCUGAACUGCGCAUGUGCAAGCAGCCAUCUUCCAACAUAUUGAGCUGUUUGAUUAGCUGGUAGCACUUAGCUCCUUAGCUUAGUGUCUUUAAUGAAAUACAGAAUUAAAAACACAAAUAUAUACAUUUUUGGUGAGUUUGACUUGUGUUGUCACAAUAACAAGCAAUGAAUCAUUAAUCAUUAAUUAUGUAAAUAACAAAUAUAAAAAGAUUUGAGAGAUUACAGACUACAGCUGUUGUUAGCAUAAAUGCUAACUUAACAUUGAAAAUGCCAUAGACAAGCUAAACGUUAGCAUACAUGCUAACUUUACAUUGAAAUCGGCUUAGACAAGCUAACCGUUAGCAUAAAUGCUAACUUAACAUUGAAAACGCCAUAGACAAGCUAAACAUUUGCAAAAUGCUAAAAUAUUAUGUUCUAAGAGUGCUCAGAUCUUGUGCUUGAGUAAAAGAUUACUCAGAUAUUGCACUUGUCACCUUUUUCAUACCUGAUGAGUUUACAUCCCUGUAUAUAUAUAUAUAUAAAAUACAAAUAAAAAUGUUCUUAAUAUUAGCCUUGUUUUAAUGGUCAGAUUGGGUCACCUUGAUUUAAUAUUGGGACAUUCCUGGUGGGCGGAGACAGGAAUUCUCAUUGUGAUAGCAUGACCACCCUUACAGGAUGUGCUGACUCUUUAAAACAAGCGCUCCAUAUGAGGACAGAACCACGUGAAUUUCGUUUUGCACUUCACUGGCAGUGGGAUCGUAGCUAAAAAGGUGAGUUAUUAUUUUAAAGGCACAUAUGUUACUGAACAUUAACCAGGUAGCUUACAUUCAGACUAUGAAAAUGUGUUUGCAUGCUUUAAAAUGUAGCAAUCAACAUGAAGUAACUCAGUAAAAAACAGUUAUAGCAACAGGUUUUGUAUAUUAAUAAUUUCACUUUGGAGAGAUUGCUACCUCAUGUUAGCAGGCUAGCUAACGUUAGCUAACGUUGCUAGCAUUGAAACACCUGCUUAGUCUGCUUCAAUCUAGGGCUGCUCAAUUAAUCGUAUUUUAAUCGCAAUUACGAUUAUGGCUUGCAACGAUUACGAAAACAAUGUAAUUGAAAUAAAACGAUUAUAUUUUUAUUUAUUUUUUUGGAAAUUAUUUUUUUAUUGGUUUUUCAGUUGAAUUGUAAUUACAGUUCAGGGUAAUCAACUGUUAGAACAUACUGUUCACAUUUUUUUUCUCCAAUAAAUUGAUGUUUUCAAGGUAAAUGGAUAAUCGUUUUUAAUAAUGGUGAUAUCAAUUAUUGACCCAAAUAAUCGAGAUUAUGAUUUUUGCCAUAAUCGAGCAGCCCUACUUCAAUCCAUCAACUAGAUGUAGUUGUCUAAUACUUAAAGUAUUUGAAUGAAUUGCAAUAAUUAUGGUGGUGUCUGGUCACAUUAACGCUUCAUUGUUUUUGAUUAUAGGAUACACUAUGGCGGGACUGAGACGCAGGAAACCCCCCCUCAAGGAUGCGAUCGAACAUGCAAGCGAGGCAGUUGACAAGACUGCAAAAUUGGAAGUGAUGUACAUCAACUCUUUUAAAGGUCGAGGGGUCUUUGCCACUUCUCAUUUCCAAAAAGGAGACUUUGUGGUGGAGUACAGAGGGGAAUUAAUACAUUCUGAAGAAUCACAAAAGAGGAGGAGGAUAUAUCAUGUCAGCUGUGCUGUCUUUAUGUUUGACUUCUACUGGCAAGAAAGAACAUGGUGUGUUGAUGCUGCACAAGAAGAUUCCAGUCUAGGAAGAUUAGUCAAUGAUGACCACAAACAUCCAAACUGCAAAAUGAAGAAGGUCAUGGCAGAGAACAAGCCACACCUCUGUCUCUUUGCUCUUCGAGACAUUAAUCCUGGAGAAGAGAUAAUAUACGAUUACGGAGGAACUGAUUGGCCUUGGAGAAAACAGGUUGGAGAGCCAGCUACUGCCAUCGAGUCUUCUGAGGCUGAGAUCCCCAGUACGAGUGAGCCAGCUCCUCAGAGAUCUUCAAUCUCCGACACACAGGUUGGAGAGCCAGCUACUGCCAUCGAGUCUUCUGAGGCUGAGAUCCCCAGUACGAGUGAGCCAGCUCCUCAGAGAUCUUCAAUCUCCGACACACAGGUUGGAGAGCCAGCUACUGCCAUCGAGUCUUCUGAGGCUGAGAUCCCCAGUACGAGUGAGCCAGCUCCUCAGAGAUCUUCAAUCUCCGACACACAGGUUGGAGAGCCAGCUACUGCCAUCGAGUCUUCUGAGGCUGAGAUCCCCAGUACGAGUGAGCCAGCUCCUCAGAGAUCUUCAAUCUCCGACACACAGGUUGGAGAGCCAGCUACUGCCAUCGAGUCUUCUGAGGCUGAGAUCCCCAGUACGAGUGAGCCAGCUCCUCAGAGAUCUUCAAUCUCCGACACACAGGUUGGAGAGCCAGCUACUGCCAUCGAGUCUUCUGAGGCUGAGAUCCCCAGUACGAGUGAGCCAGCUCCUCAGAGAUCUUCAAUCUCCGACACACAGGUUGGAGAGCCAGCUACUGCCAUCGAGUCUUCUGAGGCUGAGAUCCCCAGUACGAGUGAGCCAGCUCCUCAGAGAUCUUCAAUCUCCGACACACAGGUUGGAGAGCCAGCUACUGCCAUCGAGUCUUCUGAGGCUGAGAUCCCCAGUACGAGUGAGCCAGCUCCUCAGAGAUCUUCAAUCUCCGACACACAGCAUUUAGGUGAAACAGAGUCCUAUCUUUUAAAGAAAAAAUAUGGGAUGAUGGUUUCCCUUGUAAACUACACAGAUUCAGACGAAUCUCAGAGUCCGUCCCGAAUUGCCAUCCAUGACGAUAGCUCUCAGGCAUGGAGUCCAGGUACUGACAUUGAACUCAAAGAAGACAAAGAUAUUUUCCCAAUGCUGAGGAGGACUAAAAGCAUACAGAUGACCAGCCAGAUUGAGUUUGAUUCAGAUGAGCUCUUUGACCCCAGCUCAGCGGACAGUGGAGAGGAAUAUAUUCCUAAAACGAGUGAAGACUCUUCUGGUACAGACACAAGCGAAGUUAUUGACAUAGUCCACAAAAAAGACAGCAUGCUUGGACGCCAAUACUUUCAAAAGCUGUCUCACAUCAGUGAUGAAUGUCUCUUACCAACCCAAGUGAACAGUAGUUCUUCACAGCAGGUGCCCAAGAGAGGACGCUCCCCCUCAAGAAGAGAUAGCAAUUCCAUUAUUAAACGCAAAAGACAAUGUUUAGGCAGUGGAUCCUGUCCCACAACACGAACCAUAGGGGGUAAAUCGUUAAAACAGAGUAUAGUUGGCGACACUGGAUCCGUAUCUGAAAACUCGACACAUGAAGUUGAACCAAAUCUUCCUGAUGGGGCCUCUUCCCUUCUUACAGAAAACAAAGUAGCUGAAGGUUCACGUUCACCUUGCAUACCUGCCGUUUGUAAAAAGGAGGAUGGGUCAAGAAUGUACAACAAAAAGCAAUAUUGUUUGUACUGUAAGAUAGGAGUUGGAAAAAUAGCAAGGCAUUUGGAGCGUGCGCAUCACAAUAAGCCUGACGUUGCACAGGCUUUGUCCUUCCCAAAAGGUUCUAAAGAAAGAAGAAUGCAUUUGGAACAUUUAAGAAACAGAGGCAACUUCGCCCACAAUGUUGAGGUAUUAAAUGCUGGCGUUGGAAAUCUUGUUUCUCGCAAGCAACCCAAACAGGACUCUCAAGCACAGAAUUUCCUCCAUUGUGUUUAUUGUCAAGGAUUGUUCAACAAGAAACUCCUUUGGCGGCACAUGAAGAUCUGCAAGUUCAAACCCGAUGUUCCACAAAAACCUGGCAAAACCCGUGCCCAGGCCCUGUCUGCAUUUGCAGUACCUCCACCACCUGGCGUCAAGAUAGAGUUUUGGAAGCUGUUAAACAACAUGGUUCAAGAUGAUGUUUACAUUGCUGUCAAAUCUGAUGUAUGUAUCAUGGAGUAUGGUGAGCACCUGUAUAACAGGCUUGGAUAUGAUGUUGGCAAGCAUGAAUACAUACGGCAGAAACUGAGGGAGCUUGGAAGGCUUCUGGUAUGUUCGAGGAAAACUACUCCCUUAAAGACUAUUCAAGACCAUGUCAAACCCAUCAAUUUCUUGUAUGUUGUGCAAGCAGUCAAACAUGUGGCAGGCUUCGACAGUGAAACCAAUACAUACAAGUGCCCAAGUCUUGCCCUUAAAAUUGGACAUAGCUUGAAAAAGAUGUCAAUGCUUGUUGAAAGCCGUGCAAACGUACAGAGCAACUACUCAGCAGCUAAAGAUGCUCGUACGUUCCGCAGAGUAUAUGAAACCCGAUGGAAUGAACUGAUUUCUGCCGCAUCACUGAGAACCCUUCAGGAAUCCAAGUGGAAUGCUCCUCAGUUGCUUCCAUUUACAAAAGAUGUCCAGACUCUCCAUUCUUAUUUAGAUGUGCAACAACAAGAAGUUCACAUUAAAUUGUCUGCAGAUAAAUCUCCCCAGACAUGGUCACAGUUAGCAAAGGUCACUUUGACACAAGUCAUUUUGUUUAACCGACGUAGAGCAGGGGAAGUUUCAAAAAUGCCCCUAUCUGCAUAUUUGUCUCAAAAUCCAUCACAUCCUCAGGAAGAUGUAAAUAUUGCCCUGUCAGAACUAGAAAAGAAACUAUGUAAAUACUUCAGGAGGAUAGAGAUAAGAGGAAAGAGGGGAAGAAAGGUCCCUGUGCUUUUGACCCCAGCAAUGCAGCAAGCACUGGAUCUGCUCGUCGGCACACGGCAGGAAUGUGGGGUUCCUAAGGAGAACAUUUACUUGUUUGCGAGACCAUCUGCUUUCACCUGCUACCGCGGUUCUGAUUGCCUUCGAUACUUUGCCAAGGCCUGUGGUGCAAAGAAUCCUGAAAGUCUCACCUCUACAAAACUACGCAAGCAAACUGGAACUCUGUCUCAGGUUCUUAACCUCACCAAUACAGAGCUGGAUCUGUUGGCAGAUUUUCUCGGCCAUGACAUAAGAGUGCAUCGGCAAUUCUACAGACUUCCUGAGGGCACCCUUCAGCUUGCUAAGAUCAGCAAACUUCUCAUGGCCUUGGAGCAAGGACGCCUGGCAGAAUUCCAGGGCAAGACCCUGGAUGACAUCAGCAUUGAUCCUGAGGAGAAUGUGCACAUGGACAGCGACAAUGAGACAGCGUGUGAGUCAGACUCACAAGAGGGUCAAGUCACAUCCACUCAGAUGGAGAAUAAAACAUCAAUGAGAGAUGGGAGCAAUACAGAUGAAGCAUCGCAACAGGGCCCUAUGACACCUCCACCAGCCGCUCAACCACAGACCGAGAGAAGGCAAAAAGGUCGGCAGCCUUUCAAGAAAAAGCUGUGGGAAAAGACGGAGAUCCAAGCUGUUGAGAAGCACCUGAUGUCUUUCAUUAACACAUGUCGCGUUCCGCGGAAAAGCGACUGCGAUAAGUGUCUUAAAAUGGAAGGAGAAGCACUCAAACAAAGAAAUUGGUUGGCCAUAAAGUUUUAUAUAAAGAAUCGGAUCACAGCUCUCAAGAGCAAAAUGUAAAGUGAUCAUUGAUGUCUGUUGACACCAUUACUUUUUUUUGUAAAGUGUAAUGCUUGCAAAAGUUAAAUGUUUGAUGUAAGCCGCUAUACAAAUAUAUAGAUCAUACUUUAUUUCUUCUUUCACCCCUCAUUGAUGUCCUCUUAAUACCUCCUUUUCUUUUAUCUGAAUUAUUCACAAUUUCCUCUUCAACCUUAUCUAUUUGAUCUUCUCUUACCUCUAUGCUUUUUAAAUCUCAUCUCUUUUUUGUAAUCUUCCUUUUAUCUGAACUACCUUAUCAUCUCUUCUAGUUUCUCAUAUUAUCUUGUUUUUUUCUUAACACAAUUUAAUCUUGUCCCUUUUCACACUUUCAAUUUCCUCAUUUCUUUCAAUAUCAUCUGGAAAUACAUUAUUAUAUAUAUAUAUUUAUAUAUAUAAAUAAUAAUGUAUUCUAAUGUAUUGUAUGUAAUAAUUAAAAGUCUAAUAACGACAAUCUCCUUGUAUUUACUGGAAAGCUCUAUAAUAACAUUGUAUUGCUUAAAUGGAAAUUACAAUGACUAUUUAAGCAGAAUACCCAUAUAAGCAUGACUUGUAUGGCUCCAAUAAUUAACACUUAGAACACAAACCCCUCUUUAUUUAAAAAGAAGGAAACUGAUGCAAAUUCAGUAAAUGUACUGUGAGUCUCAUUCACGAGUUCAGACAUCCCUGUGUCACAGUGGUUAAAUAGACUAAUAAAAAGCAUUACUAUAAUAGCUUAAAUAUUAAUUAAAAUGCUAUCAGUACAUUAGAAUUCAAUAUAAUUGUGUCACAACAGAAGCUACAUGUUGACACUAAAGGUGAAAAUCCUUCUGCAUCAUGAUAGCCCUCACUUUGACAGUCAAAGGUGUUGCAUUGUUACCUAAAGUAAGUUUAGUAAUAGUGUGCUAAGUGGCCCCACUAAUGUUUUAAACCAGACAGUGUAUUUUUGGAGCCCACACAUGACUAAAAGCCAGACAGUGUGUAUAUAUGGACCCCUCCUGUAACUCUGUACCUGACAAGACCCCAUGAAACGGGUUAUAGUCCGGUCAGUGACCUCUACUUUCUCUGAUUGAUAAUUUGAAGUGAAAUCUUUGUUUGAGUCCACUUCAGGAUUCUGCCUGAUUUUUUACAGUGCUGUACAACCUUCAGAAAGGGUGGACCCCAAAAGGGAUGGUCUGGUCAGGUACCCCCAGAAUGUAAUAAAGACAAGGGUGUGUGUGUGUGUGUGUGUGUGUGUGUGUGUGUGUGUGUGUGUGUGUGUGUGUGUGUGUGUG